AUGAAGUUUUCUCAAGUAGCUUGGGCCUGCCUGGCCGCGGCCGCCUCGGUGCAAUCCCAAGAAGCACCAGUAAAGGUUAAGCCGUACCCUCAGGGUGCACCUCUGCUCGACAACCAAGUAUACCAGGGUUGCUUCAGUUCUCGGGGCGAGCUACAAAAGAUCUAUUCCGACAGGAACGUCAGCAAUGGAGCCUGUGCCGGUGCAUGCAAGGCGAAAUACAACGUGUACGCAAUGAACGGCGCUACAUGCUACUGUGGUGAUACCUACCCUGCCGCAAAAGACCUUGUCGACCAGGACAAAUGCAACUACAACUGCCCAGGCUAUCCUUUUGACGCCUGUACGAGCCUCCUCCUCUCCCCAUGCAUUGACCUUGAAAUUGAUAAGCUGACAACGAACACAGGCGGCGGCAUCAAGGACGGAACCUUCUAUGAUGUCUUCAACUCUGGUCUCGAUGUUGUGGUUGAGAACUUCGUGCCCACAGUGACGUCGACUUCGUCGAUACCUUCCGCGACUCCCACAGACGUCUCGAACGCUCCAUCUACAACGGCUGGACAAGACGCCGUGACAUCUGCAAGCAACGCCCCUGCCGAGAGCGGCAAGGCAGAUUCUGGGAAUGGCGGUCCUUCCAUUGGCGGCAUCAUCGCGGGUGUCGUUGUAGGCGUGGUUGCCAUGGCUGCUAUUGCUGGCGCCAUCUUCUGGUGGGUGCGUCGCAAACGCAACUCCGAGAUCGAAGAAGAACACCGCCGCAACGCCGCGGUGAACUCUUUUAUUGCCGGUGCGAAGCCUCCGAGCAGCAGCGGCGGUAUUUCCAUGACCGAUUCUCGCAUGGAUCCCGGUUUCGCUCACCGCCGAAUGAGCGACGGCAGCAUCGCCGACAACCAAGACUAUUCGCGCAAAAUUCUUCGAGUACGUUUUCAUAGCUUUCACAGUGUCAGAGGGACCAACUAA